AUGAGUGUAUUGAUUAGUACAUCACUAGGUGAUUUUGUAGUUGAUUUGUGGAUUGAAGAAUGUCCAUUUACUUGUUUUAAUUUCCUCUCCCUCUGUAAAAUUAAAUACUAUAAUAAUUGUAAAAUAUUUAAUAUUGAAAAGAAUGCUUGGUUUCAAACAGGUGAUCCAUCAUCCAAUAACAAUGAUGAAAAUGUAGGAAAGGGAGGACAUUCCAUCUUUCAUCUCAUUGAAAAAUAUAAACAUGAAAAGGUGUUGAAAAAACCACUCACGGAAAACAUUUACUUUAAUGAUGAAAUUAAUUUACUAAAGAAACAUAAUAUGGAAGGCUUACUUUGUAUGGCCAAUAAGGAUGGAAAACCAAAUACCAAUGCUAGUCAAUUUUAUGUCACUACUAGUGGCAGACAUUUGGAUUAUUUGGAUGGAAAACAUACAAUUUUUGGAAGAGUAGAAGAAGGAAUGGAAGUUAUUAAAGCAAUUGAUAGAUUAUAUACGGAAAAGAAGAAUGAUAUGGAAAUUCCAAUUCAAACUGUUAGAAUAAGACAUACACAAAUUCUCUUUGAUCCAUUUGAGGAGGAAGAAUCUUUUAGGAAACAAUUUGAAGAGUUUUUGGAUGGUGUCAGUCUUUUAAUUCCACCUAGCAGUCCUCUUCCUAUUAGAGAUGAUGAAAUUAUUGAAAUAUCUAAAGAAAAACUCACACUAGAGGAGAAACCAACUGAAAAUAAGCGUCUCUCCAAAGAAGAAUAUGAAGCAAAGAAGGAAAGAGAGGCUAAAUCAAAGGCUAUUGUAUUAGAAAUGAUAGGAGAUUUACCAGAUGCUGACGUCAAGCCACCAGAUAGUGUUCUCUUUGUUUGUAGACUCAAUCCAAUCACCUCAGAGAAGAGUCUUCGAACAAUCUUUUUACAAUACGGUAAUAUUGUAAAAUGUGAAAUUGUUAAAAACAGAAAGACUGGAAAGAGCAAAACUUAUGCAUUCAUUGAAUUUGAAGAUGCUGAAUCCUGUGAGCGAGCCUUCCUCAAAUCUGAAGGAUUAGUCAUUGAUGAUCACAAGAUUCACGUCGACUUUUCUCAAUCCAUUGCCCAUCUGUGGGCUCAGAAUGAGAAGGAAAAAAAGCAGGCCGAAACAUCACCACAACGACAUGGAAAUGACAAGGAAAGAAAUGAUCGUCACCAUGAUAAUAGAAGGGAUAAUAGAGAUUACAACGAUGAUCAUUAUGGAAGAGAACAUAGGAAUUCCCAUAAAUCUGAAUCGUCAAGUCAUCACAAUAGAAGUUAUAGAGAUGAUUAUCAUAGAGACUAUAGGGAUGAUAGAAGAGAUUACAGAAGGGAUGAUAGAAGGGAUUACAGAGAUGAUAGAAGAGACAACAGAGACCACAGAGAUGACAGAAGAUUGGACUCUGAUAAUAAGAGAAAGUACAAUGAUGACCACAAGUCAGAGAGAAGAUUCAAUGACUAUGACCAAAACAAAAAGCAAAAACGAUAAAUUAUUUAUUUCUCUG